AGAAACACGGAAUAUUUCUGCAGCUUCGCCAGGCCGACGUGUGUUACCUUCCAAGAAAUCGAGUACACCUAACAAAAUGGUUGGUCGCUCAGUCAGUAAUAUAGACACUCGCGCUGCUGAACGAGCACGCCUGCGCAGAAGAUCACAGACUGAGGGAAUAUCACAAACAAGUCAUGCAAGUGACGUGAGACAAAGACCAACUAGAUCUGCUUCUAAAGUAGUUCACAGAGGAUACAUGUCACAGCGUAAGUCAUAAUUGUCUACAUUUUGUUCAAUUUCCAUAUUAAUUAACAACCACAAUUUUGUUACAGAUUUUUUUACCUUUAAACUGUACCUAAUCCUUUUACAGUCCUAAUCCCCGAUCCUUACCCUAUAACAACAUGUACUUAUAUAGCGACCCCAAACCGGCAUUUCGGGACACUACAGUACUAUGGAAAGUCAUCCAACUUUUACGAAUCAAAAAGGUACCCCCUCCCAUUGAAACCAGCUUUGCUGAUGGGGCUAGCCUCUUUAAAUAAAGUUUUAAAUACAAAAUAAAAAUAAAAAAGGAUCGAAAGCACAAUGCAUUAUUAUGGGUUCAUCCAGGGAAAUUAAAGUGUAAAGCAAUUAGCUAUUUCUUGCAACGAACAAAUUAAGUUUCAAACUAGUUAAUUAAAACAGAAAACAUGGAGAAGUAAGUAAAACCAAACAACAUCUAGAAUUUCAAACUUCCUCAGUGCUGUGUUUGCGCAAAGUGAUGCAACGCUAUGCUCUGAAAUUAAUCUAUAUUUCGUCAUUAUCAUUGCGCCAAAGCUUAUAGCUAUCUUACCACCGCAGGCUAUUCCUGUAUCUUACCCAUUUAACUGUUUGUUACUAAAUAUAUUUGCUUAGUCCAGAUCAUUUCUCGUUAAUAUGUUGUAGAUUUGAGAGAAAUGUAGAUUUGCAAUUGUGAGAGAGAUUAAGUGUAUAUACUUUAUUUUAAUUUAGCCGCAAGCCGUUCGACUUCACCGUCGCGACUCAACAAUCAGUUUUCACCGAAAGAAAGAUCAGACGUAUACUCGAAGAUCUAUAGUCCAUUGAAGUCGAAGAUACCAACACCAAAGUAAGCAUGAAUGUUUCGGUUAUGAUGGGCAUUAAAUAAAAAAACCAGCUAUAGGGAAUACACAGUUUCUUUAGAAGCAGCACAAACUGUGAUAAUUAAUUCAAAACACUUUUUGGUCAAAAUUCAAAUGGCGAGAUCUUUACUGCCCAGAUAAAUCUCAGAUAGAUAUUUACUGUCAAGAUAAAUCUCGUCGUAAAACUAUUUAUAAUUUCAGUUUAGACUAUGAAUGGGUUUGGGAGUCGGUUGACAUACACAAAAUUAAAAUUUUGUAAUCAAGAUUUUGUGAAAUGGCAUUCUCUGCGUUUUGGCAGAAACCUUUGUUAGAUGAUUUGGCAUCAUUCAUUUCAAAUUAUUCCUAAAAUCUUAUUCAAAAUAUUUGAAUAUUGUGGAGCUUGUAACAAACUUGUACAUGCAAACUUGUUAUAGGAUGUGUUCGCACUGCUUGUCCCAGCUUGUUGACACAGACGUGUAGCAACGUGUUGGCAGGCUUGUGGCGAGGUUGUUGUGACAGCUAUAUAGCAACGUUAUUGACAACAAAUUUGUAGCAAGAUUGUUGUAGCAAGCAUGAUGUGACUUGUUAUCAACAACAACUUGGUACAGGUCUACAAACCAACAAGUUGCAACAAGCUUGAUGACAACCAGCUUGCCACAACUUGAUAAAUAACAAGGUUGUUACAACAUGUCAACAAGCUUGCUACAAGCUUGUUGAGUCAACAACUUGUCAACAAGAUAUGAGAGUUUUACGUGUGAUACUCUAUUUAAUGGUAUAUAUCUCUAAUUCAUUUCUAGUUCACGUUCAGCGUCUCGGUCGAGUUCGCGUGCAAGCAGUCGUGAUCCCAGCCCUACCCGGGAGCAUGGUUUGCGAAGUCUGAGCAGUAGCAGCCUUCAUGGAAGGAAACCAACGCAUGGUAAGAUACUACCCAACCUAUCUGGUAGAGCUCACAACAUGUGCAACAGUGCAAGAUAUACCUGCCUUUAGAUUUAAGUAGUCUGGGCACACCCACUAUAUCAGUGCAGGGUGCGAUAAUUCGAUACCUGCUUAAUUAGGUCUCGCAUACUUUGGAACGGUCAUAUGGUAUCAGCAAAAUGUACGCACGCAGAAAGUAAGAGUCGCGCGUACCUAUGUGGUACUCGGCUUAAAGCAAAGAAGUACAAAACCGUAUUACUGGCGUAUUUCCGCUACGUAAGUACGCAUUAUCGCAUAUUGCAGUUGGGACACAUCACCAUGUUAGUCCCGGCCUCGUAAUAUACUCGUAGGACCAUUUUUCCUUUGAGGGCGUCAAAACCAGUUUAACGUUGUGUCUCUUUUUUGGAAAUUUGAACUUUAUAAUUAAGAGUCUGCGAAAUGAUUUUAAACGGUUUAAUAAUGAUGCGAAUGUUUUCUUGACUAUCUUUCAGUUAGGAGAUUAGACGCGAAAGACUUCACGGAAGCUGCUGUCUGGGAUGCACUGGUGAGUACGUUUGACAAGACAAACGAGAACGGGUACUUAAGGUGGCUAUAGGUCUAUAUUCUUAGGUUUCAUAUGACGUCACAAAAGUGACGGGGGGUCAACUCUAAAACAAAACACAGUUAUCAGAGUGAGUCGAUUGUUCGUUUUAUGUAUUAGCCUUUUGUUUGGUGGCAAAUACGUGGAAUUUCGUAUCAUUUCCUCACUCCAGUACAACAUAAGCAUCAAUACAUUUGAGGUUGACCCCCCGUCAGAUUACUGCAUAAUGCCGUAGUGAAACCCAAGAACAGGGUCAAACUGAUUUUUGAAAUGCUAUAAUCUUUUCUUGCAGUCAAAAAGUCCUAGACCUCGAAAUUAUUCCUUCAAUUCAACAUGUUCUGAAGAGCAGGAUGACGGUAGUGACACGUCUAGUAUUCAUUCAGAUAGAUCUACAUCUUCACUAUCUACGACAUUGGUUAGUACCUUUAAUAUUUCACAAGUUUGAUUACCACGUUCACUUUAAGCUCGGAGUUUUGAAGUUGAAGCUAUUUCUAUUACGUUGCUAUUCGAGCUAAAUUGGUGUCUGCACCUGGGAUUCGAUAGUAUCGCAUACGAGAAGAGUGCCUACAGUUUGACUCUGCGAAACACCGCUCGUCAGAAGACUUGAAAGCAAUACGGCGUGGGCGCAACUUUUUUUAUAACACUUUUCAUUGGCUGGUCAAGAAACUAUCAACCUCUUUACCAUGCUUCCCAAUUUUCGGCAAUCGUUGCCAAAAUUAAAUUGUUUGAAAUUGCUGAAACGAUUGAAGGAAGCUUUGCACUACCAUCGCAUAGCUUGACACACAAGAAAUUUCCCUCUCGCGACGGCGUUGCAACGAUUUUACCACAUAAUUGCCGUCGCCUGAAAAAUAUUGCCCCCGUAGUUUAAGGGGUUAUCCUUACUGAACAUCUAGGAAAAGCAGAUUAGGAGUGAUAGAGCUAUCCAGUAUAAAUAAAGUUAAUUUAGUUGUAGUUUUAACUUGAUAAACUAAAUUUUCCAGGAAAUAUCCGAAAUAACUCGACUUUGCCACAGUAAUACAUGGUCAGAACGACGUGAUGCUCUCAACGCUAUUCAAGCAUAUCUCAGAAGUUCUCGAACUCUCAGUCAUUCUGAAAUUGUACAAUUCUUGGAAUGUUUCAAUCGAUUUUUCUACGAUCCUCAUAAUAAGGUAAGACAUAGCGCGCAUCUAUGCGCUGUGAAGUGAAGAACCACGACAAUUGAGCGGAAGGGUAUACGCAUUUGCGGCGACACAAUUAAUUUCUAAAUAUAUAACAUUCUCUUCAUACUUUACGUAAAACAAGGAGGCCUCCAUACUUUUUUCAUAAAAUGCGUUACUUUAUUAUUUUGAAUUAUCUUGACAAUUUUUUGCCAAGCGAGUAUUACGAAAAUAGUCUUCUACAGGGCAUUUCCGGGUAGACGUGCAAGCCCAGCGUUUAUAUAAGAAAUACUAAUUGGUUACGCGGACCAACUCGGCUCCCAUAUGGAAUUUGCCUCGUACCCAGGCGCCGUGAUUUGCUACUCUGCUGCGUGUCUCCCGCGCACCCGUGAUGCAGUAACAAAGAGGCAACCCAUAGCCCCUGGGUACGACGCAUGCAGGUAUAUAGACGCAAGAUGAAAUUAAACGGGAAAUAUAACAACGCGAAGGAUCUCAGAAGGAUCUCUUUACCUCCAUAAAAUCAACACUCGAACAUCUACAGUACCUGUUAUCUAUUUUCAGGUAUACAGCGCGUUCUUGGACACCCUAACCGACUUUAUGGUUAUUCACAAAGCUGAUUUAAAUGAAUGGCUAUUCAUCUUGUUGACGAGACUUCUUUGCAAACUGGGUGCUGACUUGCUUGCAUCAGUGCAUUCUAAAGUCGUACGUGUCUUGGAUGUCGUGAGGUUAGUGGUUAACAGUGAAAAAGGCUGUAUCCCCCUAUAUGUAUAUGAAUAUGUAAUAUAAUCUUACCGGUCUGUGUCCGUGUAGGAAGUGUCAAUAAUAAGAAAACUUCGGAUUGGUAGAGAUGCAACUACCUGAACAAUACAACGAGAACUUUGAUGUUUUGAGGGUAGGCCUUUCGUCGGGAAGUUAGUUAAAAGGGCCUAAAAGUCAAAGUUUUCUUUGUAUUUUUUAGGCAGUAGUUCCCUGUCAAUCCGAAGUUUUCUUUGGCUCUGUGAUAGCUUGAUUAUGACAAUAAAAACUAUAAACAAAAGAAAUCAUUUUCCAAACACUGAUCACCUGCAUGUUUUGUUUCAGAAAACCAAUCGCAAACGUGUUCAUAUUAUAUAUAGGCAUAGGAAUUUAUCCACGAGACUACCAAGAAGGUUGAAAUUUAAAAAACUCUAAAUCGUGAAGUAUUCUCUUUGUAUAUAGAUAACAUAAAAAACGGUUGUUUAAUAUGUUGGCAAAUUAUUUGCAAAAGCAGAAUGAAAUACUGCAUGGAUUACUGAGAUAUUUUAGGGCUUCUGAAUUACUUUAUUAUUUUAAGUUUUUCCUCAGUCGCAACGAGGGUUACCCCUUGGCAAAUAUCUGACCCCUGGAUGAAAAUUUUGUCGCAAUUGGCGACCUGGCGCCCGCCCAUUUUAACCCUGUAGGUCUAGCCACUCUCACGCAGUCUUGCAUAAUCAAAAUAUCUUAUAAACGCUUUUGUUAUAUUACAGGGAUUCGUUUCCAUAUGACAUUCAAUUUUCAGUAAUGACGAGGUUUAUUUCUGAUAACAAGCAGAUUGCAAAUUGCAAGGUAAUAAUUUUACGACUUUUCAGGUUCAAUAGGAAAAUCUCGGACAUGUAUAGUAAUAGUAACGGCCGAGGGUUGACAAUUCAUUCGAAACAGAAAUAUCUUCAGGACUUAUAAAGGCCGAUUUACAGUACACAACUUCUGCCUAAAACUGUCGCAUGCAGCCUUACAACUUGAGUUGUACUAUGUAAAUCAAGCACUCAACUCACAAUGCGACAGUUUUAGGCAGAAAAUUGUGUAGUGUAAAUUGGCCAAAAAGACGAAUGUGACUUUCUUCUCUGACGUGAUAUUGUUCCGUCUUUUCAGAUCAAAGUCGCAGUUUUACAAUACUUACAAGGCUUGAUAGCACGGAUGGAUGCUGCAGACUUUGUUAAUUCAGCUGGUAUCCUUCUGUAUAAUUUUUUGUUCAAUCUAUCUAUCGGUCGCUCGGCCGACUGUAGUAAUGAUGCACAUGUGCCAACGAUAUAGCAUCAUAUGCAUUGAAUAAUUUCAAAAUAACUUUCUAUUCAGGUCUUGCAGUCGCUCGGAAAUAUUACGUCACGUGCUAAGAAAUCGCGCGAUUUUCAUGGGUGGCAAAAAUAAGGACAGCAGAGGAAACGACUGUCUGAAUUUGCCAAAAAAAUUGCCUUUCUGAAUUCGUAUUAUUCGGGGUAAAUAAAAGCGAUAAAUUGGAGCUCUGCCGAAGUAAACUUUUGACAUUUUGACGGCUAGUGGAUGCUGUGUAUGUUUUUAUUUAGCUCUAAACAUUUGCCACCCAAAAUGGCGGAAAGUCAAACAGUUGUGUCGAAUUAUGCGUUGUGCAUGACGAUACUUGCAAGGGCUGAAUAGGCGAAGGCCCGCUCCCUUCAAACACAAACCAUGACAGCUUAGGGCUAUUUUUACCGUAUUUUAUAGUAUAUACAAUGUCGUAGUCUUUCCUUAACAUCACAUAGAAACUCGACUCACCGUAUCUCGAUUCAUAACAUGGAACUCAGAACCAAAAAGUGCAGACGUUCGAAAGGUACAGUCAGUACUUCAUUAAUUUCGGAAUUUCACUUUUUUGUGAAGAACAAAUGUUCGGAACAAUAUCGUUGGGAAGUUGUUUUCUUUAUAUGAUAUUGAUUUUGUAGGAAUCAGCCAAAGUGGUGAUUGCGUUGUUCGAAUUGAAUACUCCAAUCUUUAGUUCCAUGCUGCCACACUUUCCGAGAUCUUUUCACGUAAGUUGAACAAUCAACAAUGCAUGAUUGAGCUCUCAAUCUACUCUUGGUGAAAACCUUGAACAAACAGCAUUGAAAAACAUGGACAAUGCUGUGCAACCUUGUUUUCAAUGUUCCUAUACAGGUUGUUCAAUCAACAAUAUUUCAACAGCCUGUAUGGUUGUUCAGGUUCAACAGCCUAUAUGGUUGUACCAUAGAUAUCUUACAUAAACUAGAUAGCGCAUCUCUUUUAGUAAAAUUGAAGCCAAGAAUAUACCAGCGGUUACCCCCAUUUGAAUACAUGGCGGCCAUGUUGGAGUUUCCCACUCGCUAAUAAACGCUUAAAAACAACAAUAACUUUCAUCAUUUGAAUAGUUUGAAAAUAUAUUUGGAAUAGGUUUAACUUAAUGUUUAAGUUCCCUGUUUAAGAAAUAGAAAACGUACGAGUCUUCUCAUUUCAUGGGAAUAUCCUGAGUCUGCAAUUACGGCUUCAAUUUUUGAAUUGCAGAAUAAUUAGAUGCACCAUCUAGUUUAUAUAAGAUAUCUAUGGGUUGUACAUGUUGUUCAGUCGGCAAUAUUUCAACAGCCUAUAUUUCAUCAGCCUAUAUUUGAACAGUCAGAGCAUACAUCAGAAACCCACUCAACCCAGGUUAUCUAAUGGACGUAAUCACCAUUCAUCACAAGCUUUAUAAAUAUGAUUUAAGCUGAGGUAGAUGACAGUAUCCAUGGUAGUGUAGUAAAAAUACAAUUUUAUGGACACCACAUGAAAACGAGGCACUUGGGCAAGAGUGCAAUAAACAGUACAGUCUAGUAUACUAUUUAUUACAUAGGAAGGUGCAUCUAAAUUAUACCUUUAUUACAUAGGAAGGUGCAUCUAAACUUAUUCGUAAUCACCUAAAGAAAGUUAACAGCGACGCCAAGGUCUUCACGUCGAACUCUUUUGACGAAGCGGAGGCCAACCCACCACACUCCCCCGGGCGACUUGGCUACCGUAGUAUUCCCCCCGCCGUUCAAAGGCAGCCAAAUAGAGAGGAGGACCUCGCACCAGACUCCACGCUUCACGACAGCGUACGAGGAAACUCUACAUCAGAUAUAUUUCAACGAGAAAACAGCACUACAUCUCUGCAUUCAAACGACAGCUCCGAUUCAAUAGAAGGCAAAAAGAAUCUCGUGAAUCACGAAAAUUCCCCUAGUAUUACGUCAUCCGGUUACCAUAGCGACGAGAUACACACUGGCGAUGCAGUAACCGUGAAUGGAGAUAACAGUCCACCUAGUGUUUCAGGCGAAUCAACGUUGCCUGCAAGCCCGUCAACAUCCAAUGUAUCGACAUAUGACGCAAAGCGUUAUCAAGAUCAAACAUCUAGUGAAGCAACGUUACCAUUGGUAAGUCAAAUAAAAAAAUGUUCAUGAUCGUGUGAACGUUCAAUAUUGGUAUAACGAGCAUUUGAAUGUUCCAAUUAUCAUAGCAAAUCAGAGCGAUAUUGGCAGGGAGGGGUUCAGGAUUUUGGGGCAUCUCACUCGAUUGAACUAAUGAGUAAUGAUGAAGGAUUUUGUAGAUGGAAAUUUCGAGUGUAAAUUUUUUAUACAUGUAUUUAGACCUAAACAGCGAAAAUGUCGAAUAUGAACAUGAACUUGCAGGUUAGAGCUCGACAACUGGAUUCUGUAGCUCAGUUGGUUAGAGAGCUGCACCGGAAUCGCAGGUUCGAUUCAUGCAUUCCAGAGGACCUAUAGUUGCUUUUUUCACAGCUGCUCCUGGUUAGAUCUAAAUAAAUGUGUAGAAAAUUUGCAGUGGUUUUUUCAGGGCUUGCUUAGUGUCGGGGUUCGAUUAUGCAGUUGUCUGCAUGAUUGUAUGUGUGAAGAGUGUUUCCCAGAUUGUCUCCAGCAAACAACGCAUGUUUUCUCGCCGUAUUUGCCGCAUUAAAGUACUUGUUUUACCUUUCAGGAGACUACUGUGAAUGGUAGUUCUGAUACUGUUGUGACGUCCCCUAUAAAUGAAACAUCCGAAUCCUUCAACAAAGGUAAUGUCUUUUUACGCCUUAUUCUUUUAUGUAUAUGUCAUCUGUUUCACAUGUUAUUAUCAAGGAUGGAUUUAACGUUUAAGUCAGAUGCAUAUUUUCAUCCCAUCGGAGGUAAAAAAACACGCCAUCACACAAUAUUUCAUAAUUAUCCUUACAAUAUUACAAUCAUUGCAAAAGCAAAUUAUAAAAAAAUUACGACAAGAAUACAACUGAAAUGCCGUCAGCUAAAAUCACAACUGAAAACUAAACUCCCAAAGACAUUCAAUUUAUACUACAAAUCCACUAACUCUCAACGCAUUAGAAAUACGACAAGUACAUGGGUCAUAGUUUUUAAGAUUUUUAAGACUUGAUUUUUAUAGUCAUCCUGAUGUCCCGAAAAUAACUUUCAAGGAAGAAAAAUUGUUUACUGUCCAGUAUCGCAAGAUAAUUCUUACCUACUGUAUGUCCAUUGUCACAAAUAUAUUCUCAUUCUGGUCAUAAAUUUCCGACCAGAAUAUAAAGCAGGGUUCGUACAAAAAUUGAAAGUCCUUGAAUGUCCUUGAAUGUCCUUGAAUUUGUAAAGAAGUGCUUGAAAGUCCUUAAAUUUUUCUUGCUUUUGUUUUUCGAUAUUUUCUGAAAUUGUUUGACAUUCAAAACGGACAUUUUGUUGGAUUGAUUUUGCAUGUUCAUAUCUGACAAAGCUGUUUGAAACUCAUUAAACUCGUUUUGAACAAUUCAACGUCAGAUUUACUGAUUUCUAACCCCUUUUCUUCAGUAUUUAGUCCUUGAAUUUGCUGAUACAUGGCCUUGAAUGUCCUUGAAAAGUCCUUGAAUUUCACUCUUCCUCACAUGUACGAACCCUGAUAAAGUCCAACUACUGCAUGUCCUGUCUAUCACCCAGGCGUCUCUUUGUAAAAAAAAACAGCGAUGCGCAUAUGACGAGUUUACAUGAAGUAUUGUAGUGGCGAGAGAAGGGGCUGAUGGAAGCAAAGUUAUUUGCAUGCGAGAGCCUUCCCAACAGCCGCUUCGCACGUCGCCUGCCUGCCUGCUUGAAUACUUCAUGUAUUAUAAUUAUUUAAAGCGCCUGGGUACGAGGCAGGUGCAUGUCCGUUUUCACAUAUAUAUUCUGGUCGUAAAUCGCCGUAAGCCGACUCCAAAACUGCCUGAAUUUUUCGAGGAUACCACGUUUGAACGUCCAUAAAAACAUAUUUUUAAAACAGAAAGAAAUGCAAAAUGUCGUAGUAUUUUUCAUUUCAACAUCGUGAAUUUUCCGCUGGUUUUCUUUACGAUGUAUGGGAAAAUGUCUAAAAAGCUGAAGCCAGAAAUUACACGAGCCAUAGGACUAACAAAUGAACAGCUAUCCACUUGGGAAUAUACUUCCUGAAACGAUAUGAAAGACAAAAUCAACGUUUUAACUUCACUAUACAAUCCGUUCAAUUUAUUUGCACGCACUGCUAAAAAACCAUUAAGCAUAUAUCACUGCAUAUUCGCAUUUGCUACUUGAGAUACUUGAGGUUUGAAAAAGCGUCAAAGGCAGGGAACGAAAUGGUAGUUUGGUGGAAAAAAGAUCGAUAAAAUUUGGUUGGUGAAAGUUCUUUUUGUAUUAUGAUGGUCGAAAAUACUUGACUGUUUCAACAAAAGAAUCUCAUUAUCCUUCAUUGAAUUUGGUAAUAACAUGGCCGCCCAAUUUUAUUGUUUCAUGAGAAACUAAUAUGCAACCAAUAGUAUGCUCGAAGUAACUUUAAUGCGCUUUGUGUUGACAAUACAGUGUUGAGUUUUCAAGACUAUGAAUCUAUGAUAACAUUUCCCUACCGUUCCGUAACAUGUGAUACGGCGGUUUUUUCCUCCCCCCUUUGCUCAGACAGUUAAAUAUGUCCAUGUCUUGACUGCUCUGUAUACUGGGUGGAAAGAACACUGUUAUUGUUCCCUUCUUUUCGGUAAAUUCAUCGCUUUAUUGUAAUUGUAUGUCAUUCUUGUCUCUUUCCUUUCAGCGAUCCAAGACGAUGCGGAAUCUAUUCAUCAGUUAUUAGUUCUGCUUUCUGAUCUGAGUAUUGAAGUAAAACAGAAUGCAUUGACAGAUCUCAUGAAAAUGGCAAGAGAAUCUUCGCCAAGUCUUUGGGAACAUCAAUUCAAGGAUAUUCUCAUGUCUGUUGUUGAGAAGAUGAAGGAUCCAGAGGUAUGUGCCAUUGAAGUGUGUUUAGAUUAGGGUCGGGCGGUUUAUCGAUAAAACCGAAAAACCUGAUUUUUUUAAAAAACCGAUUCAAUCGAUUUUUCUUUUGACACAAAAAUCCGAAAAACUGGGAAAAAAUCGGGAAAAUACUUGAAACUUGCAGAAACAGCGCGCGAAGCAUAGAGUAUUAGAGGAUCAUCGAGCGAAAAUAAGACCGAAAUAUUCGUAAUUCGCAACCGAAAUGGCCGCCAUAUUUUUUUACCCAGUGUUUCCACUAUUUUAUGAAAUUUCCUUUAAAUUUUCAUAAGGAAAUUUUCAUUAAAAAACAUCGGGUUUUUCGGGGGGUUUUCAGACGGUUUUCGGUUUGUACCCUGAACCGCCCGACCCUAGUUUAGAUCACAUAGUCUCGAUUUGCACCCUGAACCGCCCGACCCUAGUUUAGAUCACAUAGUCUUAAGGCGUAAAAAAAAUACCUGUGGUUCCGGUUUCAUAUCGUGAAAAAAUUAGGGUCGGUAGGUCGGAAAUUUAUUUUUUUAAAUAUUUUUUUCAUGGUUUUGGCGGUUUUCUGCUGGGCGAUUUGCAGUAGAGUCCCGACAUCAUUAUUAACUAGAGAUGCGUAUUUCCUAUGGACGAAUUUAGGCAAUUUGGUUCAAUAAUUAGUGUGACAACAGACGCCAAUUUGGCACGCUGUAUGAGCAGCCCGCAACCACCUGGAGAAAAUAGGGUCGCACGGUCAAUCGUGUUGAAAAAAAUAAUAGGGUCGGCAGAAAAAAAUAGGGUCGGUCGGGAACCGGAACCACAGGUAUUUUUUUUACGCCUAACCAGGUUGUCGUGUUCGGUUGUCUUUCGGACAGCCAUAUUGACAACGCAGUGACUUAUAUGACGCCAAAACCUCAACACUAAACGAUCAAUGAAUGAGCAAUGAAGCGAAUAUUAACCGAAACACAUCUUAGCCUAGCCUGCGUCCCAAUCCACUGUUGUGUAGUGGACUGCGAUACAGGCUAAUUCUAACCCGAAUACUGACGUUUUAGGCAUCAAUCAGGACACUGGCCGUGCGAGUGGUACGAGAUAUGGUUAAAGCUCAGCCGUACAGUUUUAAUGAACUAAACGGUCUUGUUAUAUCAGAAGUAUUGAAUCUGCAUCAGGAUGAGGAUAAAGGGGUAUGUUUGAUCAUGUUUGCCAAGGUCAGCUGGCUUCAUCCCCUGGUGCAAGCCUGAAGAAAACAGUGUGCUUAAUAAAGUAUCAGAUGGGUUUAUGCAGAAAUAGAAGAUGAGUAGUUCACCGUAACCUGUGUUCCGUACUGUGGCCCGACCAUCCAAUAAUUUAAAUAUUGGUUGAUUUACUGAAAAAUAAACCGUUCAUUGCAUUUCAUCGAGUUUCUUUUUCUAUUGACUGUGAUCAGAUGGUAUAUGCACGUUCUGUUAGUUUUCGCUUUUGUAGUCUUUUAGCAGGAAUGCUUCCAAUAGAUAAUAGAAAUUGCUUUUUGUGGCACUUUCUUUCUCAACGUUGUUUUAUUAUUGUACAGGUAACUCGUGCUGCAGAAGAAGCAGCAGCGACCUUUUCUAAAUCUAUAAGUCCAGAUGAAUGUAUGACAGUGUUAUCACCAUUGAUCGGUGACAGUACAUAUCCUGUGAACCUCGCUGGAAUUAAAAUGCUUACCAAGGUAUGUAGUGUACUGUACACGUCGUACCGGGAAUAAAGUGCGGUGCAUGCAGGUAAGAUUCACUCUACAACUACAGCAAAUCAGGAACGCCGCAACUUGUGCCCGUACACAUGCAGCAUGUUAUAUGAUAACAUUAUCAGAAAGACAGAAUGUACACGAGGAGACUAUAACACAAUGCGUGUGUUAUAUAAUAUUCGAAACAGGGUUAUGUCAAAUACAGGCAUCUGUUGUCGGAUGUCAUGUGGUAUUAGGUCGUUGGGUGUACAGAGAAGGGCUGUCAGACGGUGUGGAUGGUGUUGUCAGGUCGUGGUAUUUUUAAAAAUUUGUUUUGUAAAAGUUCUCAGGAUUGAUAAUAAACUUUUGUUAAGCUAUGAACCUGGUGCUUGGAGUCAUCGUCAGAAUGAUUAUACAGGGUUAUCAAAAAAAAGGUAAUCGAACUUCAGCGCGCUAUUGUAUCUGAAUUACUCUGCGUAUGAACGAGAUUUUUUCGCAUUCGGAAAGAUCAUGCUUCUUCAUGCCAAAUGGAUAAAAAAUGAGCAAAUACGAAUCCGAUAAAAAAUGUUAGUCAGAAUAGCAUAUUUUCACCGUUGAGAGUUGGGUCUAAAACCAUUGAAAAUGAACUCCCUUUGGUACUUAAGUUGAUGAAUUUCACUUCAAUAAACGACGCAAAUAUUCAUAAUUAUUAUUAAGUAGGAAUAAAUCUUAGCUAAGCUACGACACGUUCGUGAUUAAUUGCUUUUUCUUUUGUUAUGCAUUGUUUUAAUUAGGCACAGAGGUGAAAAUAUGCGAUUUUGACUAACAUUUUUAAUCGGCCUCGUACAUGCUUAUUUUUUCUCCACUUGGCAUGAAAAGCAUGUCAUUCAAUAGCUAAAAGUCUGAUCUUUCCGAAUAUGAAAACCAAUUGUUCAUACAUUUACUUUUAUUUUUUAAUUUAAAUGAAAGAAUAUAUAUUUUAAACUCAUUAAAUGUAUAGUCAUUCUGAUGAAGGCUCGAAGCAUGAGUUGAAAGCUUAAUAAAAGUAUUAUUAAUCACGAGAACUUUUCAAAAAUAUAAUAUGCCUCGAUUACAAAUCUUUUAACGCAAGUAUUUAUUUCCAUCCUCUAGGCUUUAGAAGGUGUUGACCAUACGACAGUGGAAAUUAACCUGCCUCUACUUGUACCACCUUUGUUAAAGGUAUGAAAGUUGACGAUUUAGGAUGGUGUUUAUAUCAGUCCUGCAUGAAGGGCGGGACCUCCUACGGGACACUUGCGGCUAAAGACAGGAAUCUAGUCCGACCUGCGAUCAGGCGUUCUUGGGAGACCCUAUACUCUAAACCUAACCCUAAACACAACCCCAUCCCUAUAACCCUGUCCCUAACCCUUUCGCAACCCUUUUUCUAACCCUAGAGAGUUAAGUUAUUGCAUGUUAAACUUCAAAGAAAAAAAAGAUUUAAGUUUCCAAAAAGUUUAACCCGAACCACAACAUCACACAUUACAGCCGCGCGUAUCCACUGUAUACUAACAGUAGCAAAGUGAAACCCUUUUAUCUUGUGUCAUAUUUAUGAAUAUCUAGGCUGGACUAGAUUUCUGUCUUUAGCCCCAAGCAGACUCGUCCCCAGUCGUUAUUUGAAUUUCAAUUUUAUUUUUCGCCCUCCCCGUGAGCCUCUACGCGCCCACUUCUGGCCUCAGCCCGCGCGCCCGCUCUUGUCUUCAGCCGCCUGAGAAUUACCUGAAUAUUGUUUAAUACAAAAAAGAAACUCUAAUAAGAUCUACAAGUAUUUAUAUUUAAAAGCGACUGGGGACGAGUCUGAGCCCCAAGUCUACGCGACAUCACGUGUGCUAUUCGAAAUUUUAAUAAAAAUUGUUAUCAUAUGACAGUGUGGCCAGCGCUCCUGGACGAGAUGUCGAUCCCAGUUCGGCCAAAAAGAUCGGACCUUUUAGUGUUGAUGCAGUGCUCUACAAUUAUUUUUUAUAUCUUUUAGUGUUAUGAUCAUUCGGAAAGCAGUGUUCGAAAGGCAAGCGUAUUUUGUUUGGUUGCCAUUCACAAUAUAGUAGGAGAAUCUGUUAUGCGACCAUAUCUACUGGAAUUACCGCAAACCAAAGUAAGUGAAAAAGAUUUACAAGUAUUUUACCGUUCCAUACUGCCAUGCAAAUAUAUAUUCUCUCCCUUACCAUGGAAACAGUACAAAAAGGAAAAUUAUAUGGUGACCUAUUGUACAUUCAUGUACACCUAUCAACAUACGUCUUUGAGGUAGUUUUUUCCUGGACGUUCAGUAAGAGUUAUCCCUAUUGUUCCAGUGUUACUACAGGAGCCAUGGGGAAAAUAUGCGCGAUACGUGUGUGCUCAUGGAAACAUUUUUUUAUAUGAGACUGUGGCUCAGUUAUAUUCAGACAACCACGUAUUGCUGGAAUAGAACCUCAGUUGCAGAGGUAAAACGCAUAUAUGCAAUAACUCUGUGUGUUUGAAAAUUUAUUUAUCUGACAUAACUGAACUUAUUAUUAGCAUGACAAAAUUACUGGAUGCUGAUUGGUUGAGAGGAGUACAAUUAUUUCAUUAAUUGUACUGCAGUACAAUUAAUGAUUUUCCCAAAACAAACAAAAUGGCGGAUAGGUAUUUUGAACACAAAUGUGAAAUGAAAUUGCCCUUGAGGAACUAGAUGAAAAUACGAACAAAAGCACCAAAUUUUGCUUUAACAAAAGAACUAAAUGAAAAUACGAACAAAAGUACCAAAUUUUGGUUGAAAGUCUGCCAGGACUCGGCUUUGGCGAGAGAAUAUCAUGUUGACAUUGAGAAGUAUCCAAUUUUGUCAUGUGCUAACGGCGGCUCGUCCAAUUUUGGCAAAAUUUCCAAACACACUCGUACUAUUAAUCCCUAAUUGUACUCGCCAUCGCAUGAUUACCUAUACUUAUAACGGCACGAAAAACGAAAAUAUAAAAAUGAAGGCACAUUCAACUACAACUUAAUCUUAAUUGUUUUUGUUUGAAUUCAUUUGCAGCUGAAACUAUUAAAUUUGUAUAUAAAACGCUCCCACAGCAGUGCUGGUAGUGAAUCGUAGAAGGGGACUGUAAACACGAGAUUAAAGAUGAUCAAGGAAAGUAAAACACCACCACCAAAGUGCAACCAAGGACGAGUCUUCCCAGAGCGACGUCCUAACGGCUUCCGAAGUUUUACUUUAGGGAAAAUAUUUUAUUGUUGUUUUUAUUUACAAAUUUUGACAAAUUCUAUUUCACGUUGCUAAUGCAUCUAGCCAAUACCAUGUAAAUGUAUGUAUAUCUUUAUGGUAUAUUUAACUGUGAAAGAACAUUACGUAUAUAUAGUUUUCUUUCUCGUAUCAAAGAAGGACCACUGUUGUAUUUGUAAAGAACUAAUACUAAAUUACUGGGUUUCCCAUUGUAUAUUUGAGAUAAAUUUCUCAAUAAGGAAGAUGUUGUGCAGAAUGCUCAGUAAAGCAAUCUUCAGUAGGUUUGCACCGCACUGGGCUGGUUGUACAAGUUGGAUACCUUAUCCCAGGAGCCAUGAAUUUCCAACAGUUUCGAUCAGCUGAACAAAAUUUUGUUGGUUCGAAUAUACCAAAUAUACUUUGUGCAACCAAAGUUUUAGGUAACUCAAUCAGGACGAGUGGCCAUGCUAUAUAGCUUUGUACAACCAGCCUCUGAAGCUAGAAUACUUUUCAUUUCAAAAAACUUUCUUCAUUAAGGGAUAAAACAUUACCUUGCUUCGCCAUGAAGUGGUAGGAGGCGGGAUGAUUUUGGUUUAUUUGUAAAGCCACCUGCAAGUGCAGUGAAGUCUAACUACGAUUAAAACAACUGCAUGAAAUCUUGUUGAUCAAAUCCUGUAGUUCAGCAAAAAUAUUAUGUUUUGUUCAAACUUUCGUUUGCAAAUAUUCACGAAACCUUACCACCAAAGGUUACCAUGCUCGAAAGUGCUGCAACAUUUUCUAACUUUCCAUACAUCAAAAUCGUCCAUCGCGUCCUAGGUAGCGAAGCAGGACCAUGUUAAUUGCGUUAUAUACACGAUUCCUGAAGGCCAAACUUUUUUGUAGGUAAAUAUAUUGAUCCUUUUCACCGCGAUACAGAUUUUGCUUCUCCAGAAACUUCAGUGAAUCAUGGUGAUUGAUAUCAGUUUUUAAAAAAUUCAUUAAUAAUUCACGAGGAAAAUACAAAAGAAAUGAAUGUUUAAUCAAUGUUUGUAAAUCGGAUGAAGAUUUGUCCUGAUUUACAUAAACUUCAGCCUUCAUUUUCUCGGCUUAGACAAUGUUUAUUUUUAAAAUUACUUUGCCAAUGAACUCAUAAGAUGGGUCAUUUUUUAAGUACGAUAAAACAUUCGCAUCCGAUCUGUAUCUGAUAUACAAACUCUCGCCUUCGGCUCGAGUUUGUAUAUCAGAUACAGAUAGGCUGCUCAUGUUUUAUCUAGUACAUAACAUACCGAAUGGCUUCAAUUUGAAACUUUGAAAACAGGGAGACACUUUUUGGUUAUAUCCUUAUUAUGGUUGCUAUAGGGUUGGGGUAGUCAAACAUGAGGAUGUUACCAACAUUUUAGAUUUUAAAUUAAAGAAUAAUAUAUUCCAGGCGAGUAUAAUGCUAACGCUCCGGCAAUUCAUUCUUCAAUUGCUUGUGUAUAGUCAUCAUCC